UGGUAUCAUAGCAACGCGACCAAAACAAAGUAGAGAAGGACUUGAGAGGGUGGAAGCGGAAAGGUUAGCUAGUAUUCUAAAACCUUUGGUAGAAGGACGUGUGAAAACAUGACUUCCCCAAAAGAAGUAGAGGCAACAGAAUAUCUUAAAAAACACAAAAUACUAGAGCUUAUGGAUAAUUUAACAAGCAUGGUAUUCUUUCACAGGCCAGAAAGACCACGGGAAUUCUUGAUUGACCAGUUGGAACAGCUAAAAUUAUCUAAAGUGUCCUCCUCGGUGGAUAGCCCCUGCCUAUUUUCUAAUGCCAACUUGGAAGCCAUUUUUGGAAUCUUGGAUCCUAUUGAUCACGGUUACAUCACUUAUUCUCAGUUCAAAGAAGCUCUCACCACUCUAGGGAUAAAGAAUAUCAAUGAUUGUCCAGAUGGCUUUGUGAAAGACCAAAUCACCAAAGACACAUUUAAAAAGGAAGCGAGAAAGGCACUAUCUGAAAGCUCAUCCACAUUCGUUAAAGGGCAACCUGUGGAGCCUACUCUGUGAAGGUGUUCUAUCCCGCUGUAUUUCACAGAAUUGUUGUUCAAAUGGAAUGUUUUUAAUGUAUUCUACAACUUUGUUUAACAAGUAAUGACAACAAAUUACAAAGAAUAUUACACCAAUUUGAAUGAAAAUGUACAAUAUUUCACGAACUUGAUAUGACACUACUGUGACAUCUUCGGCUGUGUUAUGUGUGAAGGGCAAUGGGAAGAACACCACUUUUUGA